AUGCCAAAAAAGGAAAUAUGUUUUUGGGGGGUUUUUUUCCCAUUUUAAGCACAGUGCCUUCUUCCUCCUUUUUUUAAUCUGAGAAAUCUGGAGAUCGUUAACGAGAAAGAAAUGGAUUCUGGAGAGGGAAGCGAGAUAUCGGAGAGGCCUCAAAUAAGCCUGAAGAGACUAAUCUUCGCCUGUACGGUCGCCGGAGGAGUUCAAUAUGGAUGGGCUCUCCAGCUUUCACUGCUCACUCCCUACAUCCAGACGCUUGGGCUUCCACAUGCAUUGGCUUCCAUCAUGUGGCUCUGUGGUCCGGUGGCUGGAUUUGUUGUUGGACCUUCGAUUGGUUAUUGGAGUGAUAAAUGCCGAUCAAAAUUUGGCAGGAGGAGGCCUUUUAUUCUAUCUGGAUGUCUUCUUAUAUGCUGUUGUGUCCUUCUGAUUGGGUUCUCAUCAGACAUUGGAUCUGCUCUUGGUGAUACAAAGGAAAACUGCAGCACUUAUGUGGGUCCUCGAUGGAAAGCAGCUAUUAUCUAUGUGGUUGGUUUUUGGGUGCUGGAUUUUUCAAACAAUGCAGUCCAGGGUCCUGCUCGGGCAAUGAUGGCUGAUCUUUCUGGAAAACAUGGAUGCAAUGCUGCAAAUCUAAUCUAUGCCUUUUGGAUGGCUUUUGGAAAUAUCUUAGGCUACUCUUCUGGGUCUACUGGAAGCUGGCACAAGUGGUUUCCUUUUUUAUUGACAAACUCUUGUUGUGCCACCUGCGCAAACUUGAAGGCUGCCUUUUUGGUCGCAAUUGUUUUCCUUCUCAUUUGCUUAACAGUGACCUUGUUCGCUGCGAAAGAAGUUCCACUAUGUGAGUUGGAACCAUCUGAGGCAGCACAGGGUGGUUCUGCAAUAUUUUCUAUUUUCAAAACGUUUAAAAGCUUACCUGCUGGAAUGCCCUCAGUGCUUAUUGUGACAGCUCUUACCUGGCUUGCCUGGUUUCCAUUCAUCCUUUACGACACAGACUGGAUGGGUCGUGAAAUAUAUCAUGGUGAUCCCAGUGGGACAAAGCAAGAAAUUGAUACAUAUAACAAAGGUGUCGAAGAGGGUGCAUUUGGCUUACUGCUGAAUUCGCUUGUUCUUGCGAUUACCUCAAUGGUACUUGGUCCACUGUGCCGGAAAUUUACCUCAAAAGUUGUGUGGAUCACCGGCAACUUUAUUCUGUUCCUUGGCAUGGCUGCCAUAACAGUUCUUAGUGUUAUUUCAACAAAUGCGUACAGUGGAAAAAUCAAUUCUGCAGUCGCAGGACCCGAUGGAGUCAAACUUGGAGCUUUAGCUAUCUUUACUGCCCUUGGAUUUCCUUUAGCUAUUCUUUAUAGCAUUCCUUUUGCUUGCGCCUCACAGCUUGCUGCAGACGAGGGAGGCCACAAACAUGGACUGUGCAUUGGUGUCUUGAACGUAUCCAUUGUCAUUCCCCAGGUGUUCGUCUCCCUGGGUUCCGGUCCUUGGGAUGCCCUCUUUGGCAAGGGAAACAUCCCAGCUUUUGCUCUUUCUUCAGGCAUAGCUCUAAUUGGUGGCUUCAUUGGCUUGGCCGUUCUGCCCAAGAUCUCAAGCGAUUCUCUGAAGAGCAGCAGCUUUGGUUCCAUGCACUAAUCCGAGAUCAACUCAUGAGAGGUUUGGGUGUUUUCCAAACAGGACUAUAUGCCUUUUUUCCUCUCUUUAUAUCUUAAUUUCAAGUCUUUUGAAUUUCCUUCCUUCUUUCUUUUUUGGUGUUUGGCAUUGCAAUUUUUGGCUGUGCUGACUGCGUUUCGGAAAUUGAGAAAUUCUUGACAGAACAGACGAUAAUGUAACGUUUGGACUGUUGUAAAGUAUAUAUGUUUCGUUAAAUAAGAGCAUUCUAUUUGUUACAUGACAUUGUAUGACUCAAUUUGGUUUCAACUUAUGAGUUUACUUUUUUAUU